AUGGCUCAAACGGCAGGUCAAUUACUAGGUCAAGUCGUUCCAGUUUGCCAAUGGAUCUCACAAAAUACACCUAAUCCAACUCAAACAAUACCUGCUUACCCACGGUUUCCAGACAAUGUGAGGGAAUGGAUCGGAUUCUUUCGAAACGUCAGACGUGUUGAUACGCAAUUUCCCCUUCCAGGAGGAAAUUUUCCCAUUGGAUUCACAAGUUCGGCACCUCUCAGGGUCGAAGACGAUGCAAAAACUCGUUUAUACAUAAAUGUUAUAAUGCCUGUCGAAACGUUAUUACCACAAGGAAUAUUUGGUUCAGCACCUGACGGAUUUUUAGGUGCUUCUGAUUAUGUUUUAUCCACUAAUAAUUACACAGUGGCCAAGAUGCCAGUGGAAAUGAAAACGCUCUACAAUCUUGAUUUACCAAGAUUUAGAGACAGAAGAUUCGAUCCAAAUUUUAGAUUCAAGAAACGUAUCCUAUCGCAGAUACUUGGUGAAAUGGCAUGUAAUGGCCUCCAUUUUGGCAUUUUAUCAAAUUAUAGCAAUACAUAUUUUCUCAAGCGAGAAGAAACAAAUCCAACCACCCUUUAUAUUUCCCGUGUUGUUCAACCCACUGAUACUAAUCCGACUUUACGCGAAUGCGUUUAUUAUAUUAGCCAACUUGCCAUUAAUGAUAAUGUUGGUAGUAGAUUGGAACGUGUAGAGCUUGACAGUUGUCCAUCUAAUGUUGAUGAUGGUGAUUAUUAUGCUGGUUUGGGGAAGAGGAAGAAAACCUCAAAGAGCAGUGGUAAACCAAUCACAAGUCCAUCCAAGGGAAUUGCUACCAUAGAUAAGUACAUAGGUGGCGGAUCAUUUGGAAAAGUUUUUUCUGGAUAUUAUGAUAAUCAAGAUGUAGCAUGGAAGACUUGUGAUGCGAAUAAGAAACAAGAGGAGAUGAAAACACUAAAGCACGAAGCUCACAUAUAUUCUAUUUUGAAAGAAUGCCAAGGUCAUGAUAUUCCACGUUUGUUCUACAAUGGUUACAUUUAUGACGGAUAUCUUUUUGCGUUAGCGUUGCAGUUAAUUGAGGACGCUCGUCAUGUUGAUCCGGAUAGACUCAUUAAAGAGGAAAAAAAGUUAAUAUUCAAUCAGCUAAAGUCAAUACAUAAUUGUGGCGUUCUACACAAUGAUAUUUCAGAGAAAAAUAUUUUAUAUGAACCAAAGAGUCGCCAUUAUUUUUUUAUUGAUUUUGGAUUGAGUGAGGUCGUGGGUAGUGAGUCGCCAAAAUUGCGCCAGGAAGAAAGAAGAUUAAAAAAAUUUUUAAACUUUAAAUAUUUGGACGCAUAG